GAAAAUAGAAGCCGCUUCUCUGUUUCGCAGGAUUCUCGGCCCGAGCCGUCGUCGCCGACCACCGAGAAGCCGCCUCCCCGCCGGGAACCGACCCUCGCCACCGCCUGUAGCUUCUCCACCGCCCGCUAGGGUUCCGGCGAACGGAGCGGAGGCGGCGCGCGCUUUCUCGGCGAAGCCAGCAGCGACGAGCGAGGCCGCCAGAGCCUACGGCGUACGCCUGCCGUCGUCGAGUGUCGUUCCGGUUCUAGGGUUUUUUUCCUUUGCAGACGCAGCCGGAUUCCCGUAAAAGCUCCUUAGCUCCGUCUCGGCCCGUCGUCGGGAAGAAGCCGUUCCCGUCCUCUCCGGCGAGUUGCUGCGGCGGCCGCGGAGAUGGUUCGCCCGAAGGGUCCGUCGAAGAAGCAGCAGAAGAAGGGCAUCGACUUCAAAAAAAUAAAGCGCAAAGUUGGGCGGAAACUGCCGCCGCCUAAGAAUGCUACGAACACCGAAAUCAAGUCUAAAGCAAUUGUUCUUCCUGAGCAAAGCGUGGCGUCGGAUAGGGCGGGAUUGGCUGUGAACAAGAAAGGUUUGACUUUGAAGGAGCUUCUUCAGCAGACGUCCCACCACAACCCGAAAGUUCGUCGUGGGCAAUCAAGGGCCUUUGUUUCUCUCAUGAUGGCAUACAUUUUCAAUGCAAUGACACAUCUGGCAGUAGAUGUGCGGUUGAUGGCUUUCAGAUUUCUUGGCCUUGUUGUUCUCCACUAUCCCCCAACUUUUCUUUUAUAUGCUGAGAAGAUUCUGCAAAACUAUGAGGAAAUACUUUGUAAGCAUCAACUUUUUGCCCAAGAUAGGAGCAAGCUGAAGACUGCCCUUGCUGGUCUAAUGUGCUGCUUGUCAUUAUUGCCAUGCAAUGACCAAGAGGACAAUGCAUCUGAAAAGAAAACAACUGGAAAAAGGUUAUUGCAUGGGUUUGAGCAAGAUGUGUAUGCAAGUUCUUCUGGUUGGAACACUCUUGGCCUGGAGAAAUUAAAGGGUCUGGUGCCAGUUUUGAUCAAUUGUCUCAGGGAGAUUUUAUCUGUGGUUAAUUCGUUGCCUUCACUGGAGUUCCAAUCAUUUGAUUGUAUGCUGACCAUACUUCAGAGCAUAGAUCUUGCUGUUAAGUUUUUUAUUGCUACGAUUGAUAAGUCCGAGUCUGAUCUACAAACUACUCUUGGAGGAGCUACCUUGGCCACAUUGGAUCAAGGUGUGGCAUCAGUUAUAUUGAAGAGGCUAUGUGUACUGUUUCCACUGAACCCAGCCCACCAUGCUUCAAAGAAGGACAGUGAUAGGUAUUUCACGCUGAAUGUCAUGAUUGCUGACAUAUUUCUGAGCUGUAGUGAAUGGAUCUCUCCUCCUGAUGAUAUGUCAGAGAGAUUUCUUGAAUUUGUAGAAGUAAUGCUGCUUGGAAAGAUAAGUGACAGUGCAAAGACUGAAGCAACAGUCAGCAACAAGCACUCGCUUCUUCCCUUUAUACCAAAACUUUUGGCACAAGUUCCUAAUAAUUGGAAGUCUCGUCUUCUUCAGGCAUUCACAAGGGCAUUCAGGGAUUGCAAUCAUCAGUCUUCUCUGAAAUUGGCCUUCCUUUCCAUUAUCGAGGAAAUUGUGAUACCUGGACAAAACAGGAUACAUUUGGAUGUCAGUGAUCCAGAACUGUUGGACCAUCAGAUUGCUUGGGUAAGAGAACUUCCUGCAUUGCUAAUCAUGCUGGGUGAAAAACAUCAGUCAGUUACCCAGGUAGUGUUACGUCUCAUUCUUCGCCUGGGACAAUCCGCCUCAUCAAGACCCACCUUACAGGGGGAAUAUGAUAACAUACAAUAUCCACUUAAGGAUUUUUUCUGCAAAUGUCAGGAUGAAAGCAGUGUUAGUUAUGGACCAUUCAUAAGGCUUUCUCAAGAUUGUCAGGAACUCGCUGUUUCUUGCCUUUAUUAUUUCUCUCAUUUGGAUUCUGCUUUGCUGAAGGCAAUAGCCACAUGCUGUCUAUGCAAUGAUCUGGAACCUUCAGUGUUAUUCUGCACAAUAGAGGUUCUUGAUUCAGCCUACACUGCUGGACAUAUCUGGAUAUCUGACAUCAUCAGUUUCUUCAUCACAUUACUCUCGCGUUUCAAAGUUUCUCCUGAUAAUGCCCUUCCAGUUAAAGAAGUCGAGCCAAAGAUUUCAAACUGCGGAACUCUUAGAUUAUUGACCAGUGUUGUUUGCUCGUGCCUUUUGCAUAUUGGUGAUGAAUCUAUGGUCCUUCAGAUGAUAGAGAAAGUGAUAAUUGAUCAGAUGAAAUUGAAACCAUCUCGUGAUAAUGCAUGUGCCUUGCUCCGACUGCUCGUCACAUUGGAUUCUAAGCCAACCAGACUCUCUGAACAGACGAUUGAUGGUCUGGCCAGUUUUCUUGCUCUAUAUCUGAUUGAUAUUUGUUCUGUUGUAAUCCCCCAAAUUUCAGAAGAAGAUGAUGAAGCUGCUGUUGCUUUUCUUGACCGCAUGACCCAUUAUUAUGUCUUACCUUGCUUAUUCUUGUUUGAUCGAAGUCAGAGACUUCUGAAACUAGUUUUAAACGAAAUGGAAUCAUUGAUAUCUGGGAGGACUUCAUUGUCUUGUUUGAAAAAUGGUAGCCAUGGGACAGAUCAUUCAUCUAGCGUCAUUGCCAUUGUUUAUGUCCUUCAAUUGAUGCACAAGGACUUUAAGAUUCGACAGAUUCAGUCUUCAUUCAAGGCAGAGAUUGAAUGCAUACUAAGAUCAUUGCAGGCUUUAGUGGAAAGUAGUACAACCUUGGAGGAAAGACACAAACUACAGUGUGCGUAUCAUCGAGUACACAGGAUGCUGGGUAAUCUGCAAGAACGGACGCCUUGCUUGUUGUAGAUAAUGGAACGUGCUGAUAAUGGAACGUGCACCAGCAGUGCUUCCUCUGAUGGUGCAGCAAAAAGGACUGGAAGAAUACAAGUUGCCAACUGGUUGAAAGCAGUCUUUGACCAUCGUUUGGAAACAAACUGUUCAAUUUUGUGCCGAUCUAAGCUUGUCUGCUUGCGCGUGGGAAGGAGGGACGGAAGGCCCCUGUUAUGGAAAGGGGAGCUCGCUGCAAGUUCCUGGCCAUGUUCCCAUGGGAAAAAUCAUGCCCGGAUAUGAAAUUUUGUAGCUCAAGUCAUUAGGCAAUUUUCUUCUUUUAUGUGCUUUUUUUUAUGUUAAGUUUGUAUAUGCAAUAUUAGCUCCUAAGUUUAUAGUUGGAGAUCUGUUUCCCUAGA